AAAUCCUAACCUCAAUGCCAAUAAAUUCUUGAACAUGAAUCCCAAAUCAAAGUCUUUAGCCCUUCUCACAUUGAUGCUUCUAUUACUAACCAAAAUAGAGGCAAACACAAAACCAAAAGAAGUGAACAAUGAACAAGUUACCAAAAUGUCAUCAACACCAAACCAAUUGCCACCCAUCACCAACUGCCAACAACGGCCGUGGGUGUGUAGUGCGGGUGAGUUUCCUCCAAGACUUUUUUGUUGCCAAAAUACUUGUGUCGAUGUGAGUUCCGACAUAGACAACUGCGGUUUAUGUGGUAUAAGAUGUAGAUUUAACUACCAAUGUUGUAACCGGUUGUGUCUAAACACAAAUAUAAGUCCAUUUAAUUGUGGUCGAUGUGGUAACAUAUGUCCUUUUGGAACUUUUUGCAUUAAUGGUUUGUGUACAACUAUUCAACAACCGGUCCCCGGGCCACCUGUCACACCUAUUUUGCCGCCGGCGCCGGUGACACCAAUAUUUCCUUCUCCGCCACUAAGUAUUCCACCAUUGAUGCCGCCGAUUUGA